UAAGAACUUGAUGAUGGUCGUCGGUCAGGCAUGUGUGCUUGCAUUUCGGGAAGGAUUGAUUGCUGGAAUUGCACGUUUACGCUUUUUAUCGCCCGUGUAGCUGGGCCGAGGUUGGGAAUUUCGCGCCAUGAAGAUCCUGGGUUACAUUGUGGUGAUCAAGAGGUCGGGAGCUGAUGGGACGCCCUUCCCCCUGACCAACACCAGUUGUUCCAUCGGACGCAAUAAUGAGUGUGACAUCAGAGUUCAGCUGCCCAGUGUGUCCAGACAGCACUGCCGGGUGGACGUGGAACCAAGUGGGAAGGCUUACAUUACCAACCUCAGUCAAACCAAUCCAACACCCCUAAACGAAACACCUUACCCGGGGGGGAAGAGAUAUCCAUCUUGA